AUGGAUCGGCUCCGCAUCCCCCGCCUCCGCCGUGACACGGCUUGGCUGUACGCAGCGGCCCUGGUGGCCGUGCUGGCUGGGGUCGUCAAGCUGAGGCAGGGACUCCUCGACUACGCACACACGGAGACGCACUGUUACCAGUCGGUGCAUACGAACUGGGCAGAGGAGCCCAACGCGACCUGCUUUUCCGUGUCGCCGUCCGGGACGUUCACUCGGGUCUUCAGGGCCGGGGCGGACACCGAGCUCGCCCGCAGCGCGAGCCCCGGCUUUGCGAUGCCCGGGCUUUGGGACGGCCACGGCCACCUCCUGCAGUACGGCGAGUUCCUGAACUCGGUCGACCUCUUCGGGUCUGCGUCCAUGGACGACGUCCGGGCACGCGUGCGCACUUACGCCAGCCGGAACCCCUCUGCCGGGUCGAGCGAUGAGUGGCUGAGAGGUGUGGGCUGGGACCAGAUGGCCCUCGGGAAAAUGCCGACUGCUAGUGACCUAGCUCAGGACGAGGAGCUCAAGGGCUUGUACAUAAUGCUCGACCGAGUAGACGUGCACUGCGUCUGGGUCUCUCAGGCGGUCCUGGACCUGCUCCCAGACCCUAUACCCGAUGUCACCGGUGGCGAGAUCGUCAGGGAGCCUGGAAUGGGCGUCUUCUGCGACAAUGCUAUGGAUGUGGUGAUGGCGCUGUGGCCCAAGCCAGAUGCUAGCAAGAAGCGGCAUUUCCUGAAGAGCGCGAUGAAGGAACUAAACGGGGUAGGGCUCGUUGGCGUACACGACGCGGGGGUUACUCCAGGCAAUCUAAACCUCUAUAAGAAAUGGGCAGGGGGUGAGGAUUGGACGGUCCGUGUUUACGCCAUGAUCGAAUGCUACGAGCGGAACACGUUCUGCCCCGACGAGGUAGAACAAUAUCAAAGUGCUGAUGGCUUUCUCAGCAUCCGGAGCGUGAAGCUCUUUGCCGACGGCGCGCUGGGUAGCUGGGGCAGCGCCCUGAUCGACCCUUACACCGACCGGCCCGACACCUCGGGCUCGCUACUCGUCAACGCGUCCGAGCUGACGUUCAACGCGAUCGCUUGGUCUGGGCGCGGCUUCCAGGUCAACAUCCACGCGAUCGGAGACCUGGCGAACCGGCACGCCAUCGACGCCAUCGUCGCGGCGCUGCGGCUGCUGUGCCCGGGGGAGCCGCUCGCGCGGUGCCAGGCGCGCCACCGCUUCCGCGUCGAGCACGCGCAGAUCAUCCACCCGGACGACCAGGCGCGGCUGCUCGCUGUCGGCAUCAUCCCCUCGGUGCAGCCGACCCACGCGACGAGCGACAUGGCGUACGCGGAGGCGCGGCUCGGCGGCUGGCGCACGGGCGCUGAGGCCUACCGGCUGCGCUCGCUGCUGCCGGCGCGGCCCGUCCUCGGCAGCGACUUCCCCGUCGAGCCGCCGGACCCCUUCGAGGGCAUGUACGCGGCGGUGGCGCGGCGCAGCCCGCACACGGGGCGCGGGAGGGGCGCCGGCGGCGGCUGGCUCGCCGAGGAGGCGCUCGCGCUCGACGACGCGGUCCGCGGCUUUACCGAGGCGCCGGCGCGCGCGGCGUUCCUCGAGGGGCGCGCCGGCGCCAUCGCUCCCGGCGCUUACGCCGACUGGGUCGUGCUUGACGCACCGCUCGAUGGCGACUUCGACCCCGAGGCGCUGCGGACGCUGCGGGUCCGCGAGACGUGGGUUGCUGGGAAGAGGGUCUACGCGCGAGAGGGGCGAGGAAGGAUGGAGGAGAGGGAGGAGUGA